GCUCCGGAGGGAUCCGGGUCAAGCCUGGGAGGCGCUUCGCGGCGGGGCGGGGAGAGGCGGCCAUCGCGGUCCGGCCAGGAAAGGACGCAGCGGAGCAAGAAGCGCCGCCGCCGGCCCGGGUGCCCGCUGCUGCGGCACGAUGGCGUCACGCAUCCUGCAUCGCCUGCGGCACGCGCUGACUAGGGAGGGCGAGCAGGAGGGCCUCCCUGCCUGCGGCUCUGAAGCGGAAGAGUUCCCGGAGAGUUCCGAGCUGGAGGACGACACGGAGGGUCUCUCCACACGCCUCAGCGGGACGCUGAGCUUCACCAGCAACGAGGAGGAGGAGGCGGAAGGAGGCCCUGGCGGGACCAUGCAGGACUUGGCGGAGGCCUUGGGUCCAGGACUGCUGAGCGAGGCCUCGGAGGACGGAGAGCCUGGGCCCCCCUUGGCCGAGCACCAGGGCAGCAACAUGCUCACCCGGCAGCUGCAGGAGCUCUGGCGGAAAUCGCGGGGCAGCCUCGUGCCCCAGCGCCUCCUCUUCGAGGUGACCAGCACCAACGUGGUCAACGAGCGCAGCUCCAAGUACGUGCUCUACACCAUCUACUUGAUCCGGGCAGGGCAGUUCGACAAGGCCCCCGCCACCAUCGCCCGGCGCUACUCGGACUUUGAGCGGCUGAACCGGCACCUGCGCCGCCGCUUUGGCAGCGACAUGGCUGCCGUCUCUUUCCCGCGGAAGCGGCUGCGGCGCAACUUCACGGCCGAGACGAUCGCCAAGCGCAGCCGGGCCUUCGAGCAGUUCCUCUCCCACCUGCACUCCCUGCCGGAGGUGCGCCGCUCCCCCGAGUUCCUGGAGUUCUUCUUCCUGGACGACCUGCAGGCGGCGCAGCGCUCGACGUGCACGGGCACGUACUGCGAGGCCCUGGCCGGGUGGACCAACGCCCACCGGCUCCAGGACAAGCUGGGCGCCUCCCGCUCCGGCCACUUCCUGCUGACGCUGGCGGGGCUGGCCGUCUGCCACCAGGAGCUGGGCCAGUUGGCCGAAGCCCACGCCUACAGCGAGCAGGCCCUGCGGCUCCUGGGGGCCCAGGACAGCCACCCGCUGCUGGCCCCCUUCCUACUGACCCACGUCCACCUGGCCUGGAUGCUGGGCAAGGACAAGCGGCAGGCGGAAGCCCGGCUGCAAGGCCUCCAGGACACCGGGCUGGCCGGGCCGCAGCCCCCCUCCCUGAAGGAGCUCCUCAUCAAGCACCCGCUGCCCUGAGCCAGGACGGAGGACGGGGGGCAGGCAGGCGGCUCCCGCGGCUUCUCUCGUCGGCAGCCACCUCUGCUGGGGGAGGGGAGGGGGCCGGGGUCUGACCUGGGCUGCUUCCGACAGUGGUUUUUAACACUACUUGAAUGUUUGAGGGGACGAGGAGGGGGCAGCGUCUGCCUCACGGGAUGACACUAACUCCUGCCCGGCACAGGUAGGGAAGCCGUUGGGCAGGUAGGGAAGCCGCUUCUUCCUGCCCCUGCUGCUGGUUUCGGAGGGAGGGGAGUACAACACAGGUGCUGCUGCUGCCAGGGCAGCAACAAAGGGAAAUCGGGAAGAGAGCUGUGCUGGAACUUCCUUUCCCCCAGCAACCCAAGCCCCCAGGAGUAGUGGUUUCACUUUUGCCACCAAAUCCCCCCCCCCCCAAAAAAAUAAUGGGGCCAUAGGAAAGGGUUGGGGCCUACCCUCCUCAUCACUAGAGACCACAGCCUCAUGGGACUCCUCAGUCACUUUAUUGGCCAUAGGAACACUUCACAAGCCCAAUAAAAUAAGUGCUACUAGUGCU